AUGGCGGUUCCGAUUAAUCUUCUCAACAACUCUGAACCAUCAUCCGAUGAAGACUUCAGCGACUCCGAACUCUCUUUAACGUCGGAAGACGAAUCGUCUGAAAUCACCAGUGCAGGAGGAGAAACUGAGACCAAUCAUGGUGAGGGAGAUGAGUUUUGGGUUCGGUAUCCUUAUCUGAAGAUUGUUAUUGACACCAUUGUUGCUCAAGGUGUGGUUCCUAAAGACUAUGCUUAUGAGAGAGCCAAGCUUCUUGGAGAUGAUGAGGCGAAAAAGUUGAAUCAAGAAGGAAAUGCUCUGUUUCUCAUGGAGAUAGAGUUUUGCAAAAAGAAAAUUGAACUCAUCUCUUCUGUCAUCUCCAAAAUGUUAUCCGGAAAAUGA